CAACAAAAUUACAUCUACUUUCACGUCGGGAGGACAUCCCAACACAGGGCAAGGGCAACACGGGGCAGGGGCAACAGUGGACAGUGCAACGGAGCGCAUAACAGUAGUCGAAGGGCAGGACACAGGGUGCAGCAAUACAAUACAAAAUUACAUUUGUAUAGCGCCUUUCAUGUCAGGAGAACAUCCCAAGUUGCUGGACCGUCAAGACCUGAGCGGGAGAUUACUGUAAAGACAUACAUGAGAAUGUCUAGAAGUGCCCAAAAGUUAAGAGAUGAAGACAUUAACCCUUGUCUGAAGGAGACUGAUGGUUCCAAAAAGUGCCUGGAAGCAAACAAUUACAAUAGGGAUUUGUGCACCUAUCAUUUUCUGAGGUAUAAAAUGUGCAGAAAAUUCUGGAACAACAUAAUGAUUGAAAGACGAAAAAAUGGCAUUAUCCCUAAUAUGCCAACAGCAGAGGAAAGAAGAACAAUUUUGGAAGAAUACAAAGCGAUACCCUACUAAUGAUGACUCUGAAUAUGUAAUUCAACAAUAUUAAAACAGUUGAUGUUU